UCUGGUCGCGCCGUCUCGCGAGAUGAUUGUUCAGUUUAUAGGUUAACUUUAUUUUAAUACAAAUAAAAUUAGAUUUUACUAUUAGGUAAUUAUGGAGUAAUUUAUAUCGUGUUAUUUUUUGUGUUUUUAUUGAUUGCUUCUGGGAUACUUUUGAUUCGAAAUUUUUCCUUCCAUUUCAAUAGAACCACAAGUACCAGGGCGACAUAAUGUACGAGUGUUUCCUUGAGAUAGCAUUCGAAGCGGAGUUGAAUACAAACGAAGACCCCGAAUGCCUCGCUUUGGCGUUCGAACAAUGUAACGAGAAUCCGGUUACCAGGGACGCAUCAAUCAGAGAACUAAGAGAACUGAUAUACGAGCGCGGUGAGUGCAAACCACAUAGGACUGACGACGCGUUUUUACUCCGUUUCCUUAGAGUGAGAGAUUUUAUUGUACCACGGGCACACAAACUUUUGGUGCGUUACUGCAAUUUUCGAGCAGAAUAUCCACAUCUUUACAAGGAUGUCGAUUUGUGGGGCCUUACCAAAGUGAAAGACGUCUACGAAGGUUCAAUGCUGGAUAGACCUGACGUUGGACGUUUAACCAUUUUUAGAUUUGGUAUGUGGGACCCAAGUGAGUUUCCAGUGGAAGACUUGGUACGUGUAGGAAUGGCGAUGGCGGAGAUCGGCGUCCGACAACCCAAGAUACAGGUGCUGGGGGGCACCGUGAUCAUAGACUUAGAGGGGAUCACGCUGCGGCAUAUCGCCACGCUCACACCAACCAUCGCCUACCAGAUGGUGUGUUUGAUGGGCGUGGCAACUCCAGGUCGCUUGAACUCCUGUCACUUAAUCAACUACAACUGGCUUCUAAAUUCUUUCUUUUACAUCUACAAACGCUUCAUACCACAAAAAGCUUGGGGUCGUAUCUUCUUCCACGGUCAUGACCUGAAGUCACUUCACCAGCAUAUCGACCCUGAAUGCUUGCCUAAAAGAUAUGGUGGUACAUGUAGGAACCAUGUGUCCAUAGGACAAUGGAUUCAAAAGAUUAAAAAGUAUAGAGACGCACAAUUUGAUAAAGAAAUGAAAGAUCUUGGGUAUCUUAUUAAAGAAUAAAUGUGAUAUUAAAAAGGUAAAAUAAUUUGGAAUUUCCGAUUUUAUAAAAAAGUUUCUAAGCUACGCGUAACAUCGAUGGAUCAUACGUAAACUGACCCAAGUGAAGAAAUAAAUUUUAGAGCAUAACAAAUAAGGUUAAAAGUGCAGGAACUGUUUUUUUUGUCAUAGAGACGUCAGUAUAUUACGUGAGGUGUUUAAGGGGUUUAAGGGGGUCAAGUCAAAUCUCAUUUAAUCUUACGUUGGAGGGAAGGGGUUUUGGCAAAUAUCACGCAAUUUUUUUCUGAUUGAAACAAAUAUAAAUAAAAACACGAAGCACUUUUUUUUCUUUUUACAAUAACAAUCCAACGCGUUUACGUAAGAAACUCACAUUUUGAAAAAUCUCACGUGAGAUUGGGGGAUGGGGGAGGGGGUUAAAUAAAAUCUCAGGACAUCUAACUAUUGCAGAAAAUUUAAAAAAAUACCUCACGUAAUUUAUGGACGCCCCCAUAUCUAGUACACAUUUUUAAUAAUUUUUAUGAAAAUUUCCAAUAAACGGAGUAAAAUGCCAUGUUUAUUUGCAUUAAAUGCCGGUCCGUCUCUUUAACGUAGGAUCCAUCGAAAUACCGUGAAGCAAUCAUUCAACAAACGCACUGAUCAGUUAGGUAUAAGCUUAAGAUAUUCAAUGUGUCUUUUAAAUUUGAUGAAAAAAGGCUAGUGAAUUAUGAAGAAAUAAUUUUGUUUUGUUAGUAAACUGACAACUAUUUCUUUACUAAAAAUUUUAAAACAUUUAAAUUCAAAUAAUUUAUAUUAUUCUUUAGUUUACUUAUGGUGAUAACGACUUAGGGUCCUUCAAUAAGCGAGCCUAUCACCACCUCAAAGGCCGGCAACGCAUCUGCGGUUCCUCUGGUAUUGCUGAUGUCCAUGGGCGUCGUUGAACACCCGAGGUGUUCCCGCUGCUCGUUUGCCCCCUUCUGCUAUAAAAAAAAUGUAAAUUACAAACAGGCUCCCUCUAGAUUAAUUAAUUUAAACUAGGUA